GCCACCGGAAAUACAAGUCUCGUGACAGGAAGUAGUGAAAAAUACGGAAGUAGUUUGUUAUGAUUUGACACGCAGCUGUCUGGACUACAUUUAUGCUCUUUAUAAACAGAAAAUCGUCAUUUUUCAUAUAUUCUAAGGCAACCGAGUGUUCUAUACCUAGAGCUUCAUCAUGGUGGAGCCCACUGCUUCCGGUGUGUUCUGCAAUAGAAUGCUGAGCAUGGUCAACUCCGAAGACGUCAACGCCAUCAUCCAGGCUCAGAGACAUAUGCUGGACCGCUUUGAGAAGACCAACGAAAUGCUGAUCAACUUCAACGGGCUCUCCAACGUACGACUUCAGCAGAUGAACGAGCGCUUCUUGCUCCACACGCGCACUCUUAUCGAGAUGAAGAAAGAUUUGGACAGCAUCUUCCGACGGAUAAGGACACUAAAAGGCAAGAUUGGCAAGCAGUUCCCAGAUGCUUUUAGUAAUAUCCACGAGUCGCCUAUCCCAGAGGACGACGACGAUGACGUGGAUCCAGCGCCUCCGAGCGGCGCCACCACCGUCACCACGGCCACCUCGGGGCAGAGCUCGGACUGCUGCGACUCCAGUCCGGACGCGGCGUCGCCCGAUGCCGGCGGAUGCUCCGAGGAACUCUCCCGAGAAACGCCCGGGGCUUCGGACCCUCGUCGCACAGCCGGCCUGCAGGAUGAGGGCCCGGACUCUGUCCCCGCGGAGUAGCUUCACUCUCUCAAAGUAUGGACUUGAACUCGCAGGAAGUGACUUUUUUUGUUUUGUUUGUUUACCUGUUAAAUAUUUGCAUGCAAUACUUGAAGAUACAACAACGACGAUGGACGUCCAAUCACGUGGCUCUUAAAAACUAAAUUGAAACGCUUUAAGUUAAUUGCUUGCCGACGUCCAAUGUAUUUGAAGCGGGAGGAACGUUCGUUCAUCCGCAGCCACACUCCUACUUCAAUUGGAUUGGACAUCUGUAGCCGUCAAAGGCAGCCAAUUAGUACAGUUCGUGACAUUUUGUUUAUUUCUUGUUCAUGUUUGGUCCCUUCCUUGUUGAUUUUGAGACAUUUUAGGUCAUUUCCUGAUGAUUUUUGGGGCAUUUAUGGGUCACUACCCGUUGAAGUGAGCUAGAAAUGCCCCUAUAACAAACAGAAAAUGACUUAAAAUGUCCCAAAAUGAACUCAUUGGCUGCCAUUAACGAUGCUACAAGUUCAAUUCAUUUUGACUGGGAGGGUUAGAAUGAUCAUGGUUCACGUCCUGUUCAUUUUGGGGGCGUUUACAGGCUUUAGUGUUGCUCCGAUACGGCACUAAAAUGACAUCACUGGUAUCGGCGAGGACUAAGAAGUAACGUGCUGAAUAUGUACUUUUCGAGAUCUAUUUUCAAUUUGCUGAUCGCCCUACCCAAGAUGGACUCCAGCUGCGUACGCCACCAUAAAAAAGACGUCCUUCCCAAUGAUAAACGUCCAAUUGUGCGUCCUUCUGUGAUUUCAAGUGAACUAGUAGACGUCCAAUCCAUUUGAAGUGGAAGGACGGCAGUAAAUGAACCUACAUUUAACUUCACAACAGAAGGAUUUUUUAAAUGUAUUCUUUUUAUUGUCUCUGGUAUUUUACUGCAUCAGAUUUAAAAUUGAAAUUCAAAGGAAUAUGGAGUGAUUUUAUUUCAUGAGAUGAAAAAUGCUGAUGAUCAACAUUUUUGGCUAGUUUUGUUUUUGAUUUCAAAUUAAUAGUUAAUUGAACGAAAGGUACAUGGACUGAUGAUUGAUGAAAAAUUCUGUUGUGAAAAUUCAACAGCAAAAAAUCUGUUUAUUUCAACAUCGUGGCAAAAAAAACUGAGUUACCAAAAAUUCAGACAGAAAAAAAGCAGCAGCCAAAAUUCAGGUGCGAAAAAUUCAUUUAAAAAAAUUUCAAUUGCUAGAAAAAAAUCAGUAGCAAAAACAUAAGUGACAAAAAAUGGACGGAAAACAAUUCAGUAAUGAAAAUUCAAGUUGCAAAAAUGAAAUGGAAAAAAAAAUUCAGAUGUAAAAAAAUUUAGCAGCCAAAAUUCAGUCGCAAAAAAUCUUGUCAAAUUCAACUGCAAAAAAAAAAAUCCGAUGCAAACUGAUUUAGAUGUGAAAAAAUUCAGUACAAAAAAUUCGGUCAAAACUAAAUUGAUAGAAAAAUAAAUCAGUAGCAAAAACAUUAGUUACAAAAAAAUUGACACAAAACAAUUCAGUAGCGAAAAUUCAGUUGCAAAAAAAGUUCAGCAACCAAAAUUGGGUUGCAAAAAAU